AGAGGGCAACUCUCGGCAACUCUCUCUGCCGGCAAUUAGACGCCUUUAGACGCUCGCAUAAUGCUAAUGGCGUUGACAGUGCUCAUCAACGCGACGACCGCAAUCGACGGACGUUGUCAACGCCGCUCCCGCUGCCGCCGUCAAUUCGCCAGUGAAGCGCGACGGUUACGCUUAAGCAACAUCAACAUCAGCGCCAUCGCAAACGUUAUCGUUAUCGAAAGCGCGCUCCAGUUUAUCAAUGUCAACGACGGAUGCCAAUCGGUGAUGCAUUAAACUCAACUCAACUCUAUUCUCUAUUCAAGUGUGUUCCGUGUGUGUGAUACUCGACCACUGACCACUGACCCAUCAAUUGUUGUUAUCCGUUGUGCAUUGUGUGACCCUUGUGCGGCAUUUCAAUUAUCCGUCACGCAUCUCUUUCUAUAGUUGGGCCAAAUGGUCACGUGCGGUCGACAGACGUUCAACAUGCUGCCGAUGGCGCCGACGAAUUCUUUUGUGGUGUCCGUUAGCUCCACAUCAGCGUCCGCCCCAACAGCGUCCUCAGCUACAGGCGUCAACUGCUCCUCCAGCAGCAACAAGCCAAAGCUGGCCUUCAGCAUUGACUCCAUUGUGGGUGCGGAGUCCUCUCCACCAUCGAAGCCGCCUCCUCCGCUUCGAGUCAGUGUCAUUGCCUCGCCGGCGCGUGAUGACAGCCCAGGAGUGGCAUCCACAUCGCCCAACAUCGAGAGACGUACACCUCGCGGUUUUAUAUAUUGCCGGCGACGAGCCUCUUUAGAUGAUCGUUCGCGUAGUCCUCCGCCGACAACCAGUCGCUCUCCGUCGCCAUCAACGACGGCUCCAGCGGCUCCUACGGCUCCCACUAUGCUACCCGGUCUAAUCCGUCCACUGCCGUUGCCAGCGCCAUCAAAUUUAGCUUUACUCAGUGCACCACGCUCCUCGGACAGCGCCUCACCCACAAGUUCGGGUCCGGGAAACCCGUCCCCGGUUCGACCCACAGCUGCUGCACCACCUCCAUUUCUCGCCGCACAGUUCCAAAUGGCCGCCGCCUUGGCGCACCACCAUCAUCAACAGCAGCAGCAACAACAUCCUCAGCUUCCGCCCGUGCCAACGGGGCCACAUCACGGCCCACCACCGCCACAUCUGGCGCCUGGUCAUCCACUAGCCAUUUUUCCAGGUGGCCCACUUCCGGGACAUCCUCCUCCUCACGGCCACCAUCCCUUCGUGACAGCUCCUCAUCUUAUACGUGAUAGCUAUCCGCUUUAUCCUUGGCUCCUCAGUCGUCACGGACGCAUCUUUCCACGGUUUCCAGGCAACUUUCUGCUACAACCGUUUCGCAAGCCGAAACGCGUUCGGACCGCCUUCUCGCCGACGCAGUUGCUCAAGUUGGAGCACGCCUUUGAGGGCAAUCAUUAUGUGGUGGGUGCGGAGCGCAAGCAGCUGGCUCAAGGACUAAGCCUGACGGAGACACAGGUCAAAGUCUGGUUCCAAAAUCGUCGCACCAAACACAAGCGCAUGCAACAAGAAGGUGGCGACAGCAGCGAUGCCAAAAGCAACAAGGGCAGCUCCUCCGGUGGCGGCGGCGGAGGUGGCAGUGGCGAUGGUGACGGUGACGAGGAUGCCAAACAUGAAGGAUCACAGCACAGUUCCACAGAUGUCGAAGACGAGGAGGACAUCGAGGAGGAUGACGAGGAUGAAGUUAUCGACAUGGACGACUAUGGCAGCGAAAUGGAUGCCGAGGAGCAUCUGCGUCUGAGGGAACAGUUCCAACAGCAACUGGUCCACCAUCAGCAGCAGCUGUUGCAGCAACAGAGUGAGGCAGCAACCACGCUGACACCGCAACAGCAGCAACAAUUGCUGCAACAUCAUCAGCAACAUCUCCAGCAGCAACACCAACAACAGCAGCAACAUUUCAUGCAACAGCAGCAAAUGUUUCUCCUAGAGAAGGAGCGAGAGCGCCAGAGAGAACGAGAGAGAGAUCGUGACAAGGAGCGAGAGAGGGAGCGUGAAAAGCAGUAAUACUCAAUGAACUUGGAGUUGACAUUGACCGGGCCUAAAGUGUCAGCUAUUUUGUGUUCCUUUCGUUUGUAAAUUAAUUAAUUUAAAGUGUAUAAAUUAAUUUAAUACA